UAGGAUUGAAAUAACACCAUCACUCCAAUUAAUAGCGAAGCCAAAGCAAAUAAACUAAAGAGAGAAUAGCUCGUAACUGCGUUCUGUUCCCAAACCGCUACUUCGAUCACCGAGUCGCCUGAAACCCUAAAACGCUUCCAUUUUCAAUCUCUUUUCCAUCAAUGAAAUCCUCUCAGAUUACGAUUUUAACACUCUCUCGCCAUUCUCUCUGAUUCACUCCUCCCCCAAAUCCAAAAACCUUAGGGUUUGUUUUUCUUAUUCAAUCCCCGAGCAUGUCUCUUCCGCCUCUGGAGUGUAUUUGCGUUACAGAAGAAAGUAUUCGGGAAUGGAAGAACGGAAACCCUAGCUUCAAGGCCCCCAACCCGGUCCCAGUGCUUCGUUUUCUGUAUGAGCUUUGUUGGACCGUGGUUCGGGGUGAAUUGCCAUUUCAGAAGUGUAAAGCGGCAUUGGAUUCAGUUGACUUUUUGGAUAAAGUCUCAGAUGAAGAAAUGAGUUCAAAUUUUGCAGAUGUUGUGACCCAAAUGGCUCAAGAUCUUACGAUGCCUGGAGAGUAUCGCGCUCGUCUCAUUAAAUUGGCAAAAUGGCUGGUGGAGUCUGCAUUAGUUCCAUUGAGGCUUUUUCAGGAGCGCUGUGAGGAAGAAUUUUUAUGGGAAUCUGAAAUGAUCAAGAUAAAGGCUGCAGAUUUGAAGUCUAAAGAGGUCAGAGUAAACACUCGUUUGCUCUAUCAGCAAACUAAAUUUAACCUUCUUCGGGAAGAGAGUGAGGGCUAUGCCAAGCUGGUUACGCUUCUUUGUCAGGGUUCUGAGGCAUCAACCCAAAAUGCAUCAGCAGCAAUUGUUGGCAUAAUUAAGUCACUGAUUGGACACUUUGAUCUGGAUCCAAAUCGCGUGUUUGACACUGUAUUGGAGUGUUUUGAACUUCGGCCUGAUAGCAGUGUAUUCUUGGAUCUGAUUCCCAUUUUUCCCAAGUCUCAUGCUUCCCAGAUUCUUGGUUUUAAGUUUCAAUACUAUCAGCGUAUGGAAGUGAAUUGCCCAGUGCCAUUUGGGCUCUAUCAGUUGACAGCUUUACUGGUGAAGAAAGAGUUCAUUGAUCUUGAUAGCAUAUAUGCACAUUUACUUCCCAAGGAUGACGAGGCAUUUGAGCAUUAUAAUGCUUUUUCUGCUAAGCGACUUGAUGAGGCUAAUAAAAUUGGCAAAAUAAAUCUUGCUGCUAUUGGGAAGGAUCUUAUGGAUGACGAGAAGCAAGGAGAUGUGACAAUAGAUCUUUUUGCUGCUUUAGACAUGGAAAGUGAGGCAGUCACUGAACGGGCUUCAGAGCUUGAGAAUAAUCAAACUUUGGGCUUGCUAACUGGAUUUCUUUCAGUGAAUGACUGGUAUCAUGCCCAUAUACUUUUUGAUCGUCUUUCUCCUCUUAACCCGGCGGAACAUGUUCAAAUUUGUAAUGAAUUGUUUAGGCUCAUUGAAAAAAAUAUAUCUCCAGCAUAUGACCUAGUUCGGCAAACACAUCUUCAGAGCUUGGGGUUGCCUUCAGCAGCUGGUAAUGAUUCUAUGGAAACAAAUUCAUCAGUCCAUAAAUCCUUCAUUAAUCUUCCAAAAGAGCUUUUUCAGAUGCUUUCUUGUGCUGGACCUUUUCUUUACCGUGAUACAUUGCUGCUGCAGAAGGUAUGUAGAGUACUGAGAAGCUAUUACCUGUCUGCACUUGAGCUUGUUAGUGCCGAUAAUGGAGAUUUUAUUCCUGAAACUGGUAUUGGUGGAAAUCGAAAUCCUCGUUUUCACCUGAAGGAAGCCAGAUUAAGGAUUGAGGAAGCCCUGGGAACAUGUCUACUUCCUUCUUUACAAUUGAUACCUGCAAAUCCGGCAGUCGGGCAGGAGAUAUGGGAAGUUAUGAAUCUCCUUCCAUAUGAGGCGAGGUAUCGUUUAUAUGGUGAAUGGGAAAAAGAUGAUGAACGGAUUCCAAUGGUUUUGGCUGCUAGGCAAACGGCAAAGUUAGACACUAGAAGAAUCUUGAAACGACUUGCAAAGGAAAAUCUAAAGCAGCUGGGUCGAAUGGUUGCAAAACUUGCUCAUGCCAAUCCAAUGACCGUACUUCGAACAAUUGUUCAUCAGAUAGAGGCAUACAGGGAUAUGAUUACUCCUGUGGUAGAUGCAUUCAAGUACUUGACACAGCUUGAGUAUGAUGUUUUGGAGUAUGUUGUGAUUGAGCGCUUGGCACAAGGUGGACGUGAGAAGCUAAAAGAUGAUGGUCUUAAUUUGUCAGACUGGCUUCAAUCUCUGGCUUCAUUUUGGGGUCACUUGUGCAAGAAAUACCCAUCAAUGGAACUUAGAGGUCUUUUCCAAUAUCUUGUGAAUCAGUUGAAAAAAGGGAAUGGAAUCGAACUUCUUCUUCUGCAGGAGCUUAUCCAGCAAAUGGCAAAUGUCCAAUAUACAGAGAACAUGACUGAGGAACAGUUAGAUGCCAUGGCAGGGAGUGACACUCUCCGGUAUCAGGCUACUUCUUUUGGGAUGACCCGAAACAACAAGGCAUUGAUCAAAUCCACUAACAGGCUGAGGGACUCAUUGCUUCCAAAGGAUGAACCGAAGUUAGCAAUUCCACUACUGUUGCUUAUUGCCCAACAUCGUUCUGUGGUUGUCAUAAAUGCAGAUGUGCAAUACAUUAAGAUGGUUAGUGAACAGUUUGAUAGAUGCCACGGAACCCUUCUUCAAUAUGUAGAAUUCCUGUGUAGUGCUGUGACACCAACAACAGCAUAUGGUCAGCUGAUUCCACCUCUUGAUGAUCUUGUACACCUUUACCACCUUGAUGCCGAGGUGGCUUUCUUAAUUUAUCGGCCUGUAAUGAGGCUCUUCAAGUGCCAGACUAGUUCUGAUGUCUUCUGGCCGUUGGAUAACACUGAAGCUCCAAAGACCUCAAUUGUGGAAAAUGAAUCUGAACUCACAGAUUCUUCUGGCAAAUUGGUUCUAGAUCUUGGUCCUUCCCGGAAGCCUAUAACGUGGUCAGAUCUUCUUGAUACAGUUAGAACGAUGUUACCUUCAAAAGCGUGGAACAGCCUUUCUCCAGAUCUGUAUGCCACUUUUUGGGGGCUUACACUUUAUGAUCUUUAUGUUCCUAGAAAUCGUUAUGAGUCUGAAAUUGUCAAGCAGCAUGCUGCUCUUAAAGCUCUCGAAGAACUAUCUGAUAAUUCUAGCUCAGCAAUAACAAAAAGGAAGAAAGACAAGGAAAGAAUUCAAGAAUCUUUGGAUCGUCUUACUAGUGAACUCCAGAAACAUGAAGAAAAUGUUGCAUCUGUUCGAAGGCGGCUUGCUUGUGAGAAGGAUAAGUGGUUGAGUUCCUGCCCGGAUACUUUGAAGAUUAACAUGGAGUUCCUCCAGCGUUGUAUUUUUCCACGCUGUACUUUCAGUAUGCCUGAUGCUGUUUAUUGUUCUAUGUUCGUACAUACUCUUCAUUCUCUAGGAACACCAUUUUUCAACACAGUCAACCACAUUGAUGUUCUGAUAUGUAAAACCUUACAACCUAUGAUAUGCUGCUGUACUGAGUAUGAAGUGGGUCGACUUGGGAGGUUUUUAUGUGAGACGUUGAAGAUUGCUUACCACUGGAAGAGUGAUGAAUCAAUAUAUGAACGUGAGUGUGGAAACAUGCCAGGGUUUGCUGUCUAUUAUAGAGAUCCAAACAGCCUUCGUGUUACUUAUAGUCAAUUUAUUAAGGUACACUGGAAAUGGAGUCAGCGGAUUACAAGGUUGUUGAUUCAGUGUUUGGAAUCUGCUGAGUACAUGGAGAUCCGAAAUGCUCUUAUAAUGUUGACAAAAAUUUCUAGUGUUUUCCCUGUCACUCGAAAGAGUGGGAUCAACCUUGAAAAACGGGUUGCUAAAAUUAAAAGCGAUGAAAGAGAGGAUCUCAAGGUGUUGGCUACAGGCGUUGCUGCAGCCUUGGCUGCUAGAAAGCCUUCAUGGGUCACAGAUGAUGAUUUUGGCAUGGGAUUUCUUGAACUGAAACCUGCCCCUUCUCUUGCUUCAAAAUCGCUAGGUGGUAGUUCUGUACAAAAUGUUCCUCAAAGUGAACCUACUGGGGGAAGAGUUUUUGCUACAGGAACUCAACAUCCAGAUUCUGGAAAUGCUGUCAAAGACCAGAUAUUGAGAACCAAACCUGUUGAUGGGAGGCUGGAAAGAACAGAAAGUGCUUCACUGAAACCGGAUCUGGGACAUGUAAAACUUAAAGGUGGCUCAUUAUUAAAUGGGUCAGAUGCUCAGGCCUCCAUGCCCUCUGCUGCUGUACAUGCAGGAACAUCCAAAUCAAUAGAAAAUCAGAAACAGAUGGAUGAGUCUACAAACCGAAUAUUGGAUGAGAAUGUCCCCAAAGUUGGGUCGAAGACAUCCUCAGAAUCUCAGGUGAGAGGUCCUGUAAAACGCCCAUUGCCUGCUGGAUCUCUUUCAAAACAACCGAAACAGGAUCUUGGAAAAGAUGACAGUAAAUCUGGAAAAUCUUUUGGCAGAAUAUCAGGUCCUCCUUCUAACUCUGACAGAGAUCUCUCGCAUCCAGUUGAAGGCAGGCAAGGUGUGACAGCUAAUAUUUCUUCUGCAGGUUCAGCAAAUGGCAAUGUACUUCCAACUUCAACUAAAGGAACUACUCCAUCCACAAAAUCAUUAGAUAUCCAUGGCAGUGAACCAAAGGUAGAGAGUGGAGCUGUAAAGGCUUCUGAUUUGCGGAUUUCUGCUGUAAAAGAUGAUAGCGCUGAAGUUUCUGAUAUUCAAAGAGCUCCUUCUUCAAGACCUGUUCAUUCUCCUAGGCAUGAUAACUCUGUUACAGCUUCAAAAUCUGUUGACAAACCACAAAAGAGAGCCAGCCCUGCUGAAGAUUUGGACCGACUAAAUAAGCGUCGGAAAGGAGAAGCUGAUUCAAGAGAUUUAGAGGGUGAAGUUCGAUUCUCUGAUAGGGAGAGGUCAAUUGAUCCCCGAUUAGCUGAUAAACAUUUUCCAGUGGAUGUUGACAAAUCAGGAUCUGAUGAGCAAAUUAUCAGUAGAGCUACAGAUAAGCCCCUGGACAGGUCUAAAGAUAAGGGGACCGAAAGACAUGACAGGGACUAUAGGGAAAGGUUAGACCGUUCUGAAAAGUCCCGUGGAGAUGAUAUUAUAAUGGAAAAAUCAAGGGAUAGGUCAAUGGAAAGAUAUGGGAGAGAGCGUUCUGUGGAAAGAGGACAAGACAGAGGUUCUGAUAGAAGCUUUGAUAGGCUGGCUGACAAAGCUAAGGAUGAAAGGAUCAGAGAUGAUAGAAGUAAAUUGCGCUAUAAUGAAACAUCGGCAGAGAAAUCUCAUGUUGAUGAUCGAUUUCAUGGGCAAAACUUGCCUCCACCACCACCAUUACCUCCUCACAUGGUACCCCAGUCAGUUAAUGCAGGAAGAAGAGAUGAGGAUGCUGACAGAAGGUUUGGAACUGCUAGACAUACUCAAAGACUUUCACCAAGGCAUGAAGAUAGAGAACGGAGACGAUCUGAGGAGAAUACAUUUGUUUCACAGGAUGAUGCAAAACGCAGAAGAGAAGAGGAUUUUAGAGAUAGAAAGCGGGAAGAGCGAGAGGUGAUAUCAGUAAAGGUGGAGGAGAAAGAGAGGGAAAGGGAGAGGGAGAAAACAAACCCUUUGAAGGAGGAUAUGGAUGCAAAUGUGUCUAAAAGACGAAAACUCAAAAGGGAGCAUCUGCCCGAGGCUGGUGAGUAUUCACCUGCAGCCCCACCACCUCCUCCUGUAAAUAUUGGUAUGUCACAGCCAUAUGAUGGAAGAGACAGGGCUGACAGGAAGGGGACCAUGGUUCAGCGUCCGGGUUACUUGGAGGAACCGGGCCUGAGGAUUCAUGGCAAAGAAGCAACCAGCAAGAUGACUCGUCGUGAUACUGAACCGACAUAUGACAGAGAUUGGGAUGAUGAGAAGAGGCAGAGAGCCGAACCAAAGAGGCGGCACCGGAAGUGAUGUUAGAACACGAGGUUGAAGAAGACUUUCUCAUCAACUGCUGGCUGGAUUGUGAAAUGCAUUCGUUGUUUUACCAGACGCUUCUUCCAUUUAUUUGCUGUUGUGUUUCAUGAACAAGCAAAUAAUGGAUUUCCAAUUGGUAUUACUACAUUCAUAGGGCAAUUAACUGAGCAAGUUAUUUUACAUGAUUUUUGGCCUGAUGUAUAAUAUUAAGGAUUAAAAUUUGAGUGGUCGGUGAUUCGUGCAUUGUAACGGGUGUCUGAUUUUUGUAUGAAAUUCACAUCAAAUUCGAACAGAAUCGUUCAGGAAAAACCUAUUGAAGUGGCUUCUCCGCUUCUUGAACCAAUUGGGAAUGAGACUACUUCAAUCUUUCUCUUCACAAUGCUACUAUUAGUGAACUCUAUCGGAAUGCCUUAAACCCUAAACUAUUGAAUUGGCUUCUCUGCUUCCUGAGCCACUUGGUGAUGAGACUACUUCAAUCGUUCUCUUCACAAUGCUACUAUUGGUGGACUUUAUUGGAAUGCCCCUGCUGCCUUGGAAAAGUUGUGUAAUCAUCAGAAAUUUCUGAAACAGCUUGAAGAACAAGGUGUCUUGAUUAUGCUGGUAAAAGACCUGACAACCAAAAGUAGCCGCAAUUCCACCUCUAUCGCCGCAACCCCUUAAUUAGGGUUGAAUAGGAAUAGUGUUCAUUCAUCUAAAUGUUGGAGAAACAACAUUCUUCAGUGUCCCACCUUGGUCAUACUUUAACUUGGAAACGCAAGCAUGCCAAAAGCAGACACCCUAGAUCUAGUACUCUGACUCAUGAAUCAAGUUAUGAAAUACAUUUCCACUUUCAAGAUGAGGAGUAUCUUCUUGUUA